AUGGUUGCCAACAAUGCUGAGAUCUUGGCCAAUGAGUUUGAGCACGGCAAAGAGUUCAAGUUGAGUGGUACCGGAAAGAAUCGUACUAAGGCUGAAAUGGUAAGCUAUUUUUAAUGUUUUUGUAGUAUUUUUAAAUUAUAUUUUGAACCAAGUUAUAGCUGCAAGUAGAGUUCUUUGUACGGUAAGAUUAAGCCAAAGGUAGGGUGUAUAUAGUAGUAAACUUAACACCCAGAGGCACAGUAUAAUUUACAGCGAUUAUAGCAAAAAAUGGCCAUUUAGUACAGAGUUGAAUAGUUAAAAAUUAAUUUUAUGAAGAGCUACUAGAGUUAAUAUAUGGCAUUGUUAAGUACCUGUAAUAAUAAACACGUUAAAGCUGUUGCAUUGUGCAACAAAUUAAAUAAGCCUAAGGUCGUAUUCGCUGCAUAGAUUCUAAUGUAGAGAUCUAUAGGUACCGAGCCAACCGGUUUUAGCCGGUUCAUUGACUACUUUAGUCAAAGAAUCAACGGUCAAUCAUUCAGACGGCUCUCAAGCCUCAGAACCGACCAGUGAAACCAUUUCUCAAAGCACACUUUCUGACAUAACCCAUGAUACUGUUUCAAACCUACCUAUUGAGAAUACUUUUGAAAUUAUCAAUGAUUCUAUUUCUGAACUCAAAAGUGAUACUUUUUCCGAAGAAAAACUCACAACUAAAUCGACCAGUCGAUUGGUAACUCCAACCGACAUGACUGAUUCACCUUUUUCACCAGUCAAUCUCAUACUCUCUAUCCUGACAUACGUCGAACUGUUGAUCCGAAUGGUGUUGAGUGUUUCCUUUUCAGCACGACCUCAAGCAACCCAACGUCGGUGGACAUACGCGAAAGUUGGUAAAUAACUGGACGGCGAACGGUCGAAGACAACGCACCUCCAGCUCGAAAGACAACUGA